CAAUUCGAUCGUUUUUCCCCACAAGUUAUUGAACCGCCGCGAAAGCCGAAUAUAGUAUUACAACCUUCCAUAGUUGACAGAAGGGCAUUUAAAAUCCAAUACGUAGAAGAAUGCGUGUAUAAUCGAGAGCGAUUUUUCCGCUUAUUAUGAGCGAAAAAUAAACUCAUGGUGUAUUCAACAGUUGAUGACUGCAUCAAUAAUUUGUUGUAAUUUGUGUGACAGUGGUGGUGAUGUGCUAGUAAAUCGUUUUAAGGGUCUCUAGGGCCUAGUACGAUACGAGGGUCGGCAUUUAUCAUGCAGGCCCUUUGAAGUGUUCGGACAUGGGGUGUAUAAGGGGCUCGGGGGCCCUCGUCGGGCUCGUGGGGUUGCUGUUGAUCGUCAAAUGCGAUGGAGGUGAAGCUGAACCCGAGAAAUUGCAAUUUGAAGCCGCUUUCCAAGGACGAUGCGACGAAAACAGUCCUUGCCAGCAACUUUGUUAUGAAUUACACGAUGGAAUGUAUGAAUGCGACUGUAGAGAAGGAUUUAUAUUAAGAGAAGAUGGUUAUAGCUGUUAUGAAAUAAAUUCAACCGCUUUACCGCCUUCCAUAGAAGAUCUAAGAUAUAGCAAUGCCAUAAAAGACAUCCUGUAUCAAAAGGACGCAGUAAUAGAUGUAGUUGAAUUUUCACCAAAGAAUAUGACAGACACUAAUGAAAUUUCUAAAUCGCCAUCUGAAAAAAUUAAUUUCACGACACAAGGGCCUUGUUUAGAACAGAAAAUGACAUCGGAAAGUUCAACGGCGUCCAAAUCGACGAAACCCGUAACGCCACCUCCAACGGAUAACGUAUCGGUAACGGCAUCGACGGUUAAAGCUUGUUCUUUAGAUUGCGGUCCUGGAGGAGGAUGCAGUUUAGAAAAUUUAGAUGAUUCACCGAUGUGUCUUUGUCCUCUUGGACGUGGUGGUGAUAGAUGCGAUGUUGACAAAGAGAUUCAAUCGCCUCGUUUUACCGGUUCCAGUUGGUUAGCGUUUUCCGCUUUACGAGGGGCGUACAAACACGUCCAACUCAGCUUGGAAUUAAGACCAGAAGCAUAUGAUGGAAUUUUUUUCCUAACCGGUGAAAGGGACGAUAUGGAGGGAGAUUUUAUGGCUCUGUUGCUUCAUCAGGGAUUCGUUGAGUUUCGAUUCGAUUGCGGUUCGGGUGUAGGUGUCGUACGUUCCGAAGAAACGAUCCUUUUAAAUCAAUGGAAUCACAUUACCUUAUACAGACAUCGCUGGGACGCUUGGCUUCAAUUGAACUUAGGUAAACACGUGCAAGGACGAAGUAAAGGACUUUUUUCCAGGAUAACAUUCAGAGAACCGCUCUUUAUCGGCGGUCCAGGUAAUAUGACGGGAUUGUCCGAAAAAUUGCCGGUGUCUAUUGGCAUGAAAGGUUGUAUAAGACAUUUGGAAUUGAACGAUCACGCUUACAAAUUCGCGUCGGAGCCUCAAGGAGAAGCCACUAAAGGAUACGGAAUCGUGGAGUGUACGGCGGAUCGUUGCAGCCACGUACCAUGCCAACAUGGAGGAAAAUGCCUUACCAAUGAUAAUUCCGCAAUAUGUCUUUGUCCUUUGGGGUUUUCCGGGGAUUUGUGUGAAAUACGAGUUGAUUUGCAGGUACCUUCCUUUAACGGAUCAAGUCAUUUAAGAUAUCGAGGACUUGGAGAAAGCGCUCUAACAUGGUUAGAUCUAGACGUCACCUUCAAACCAACUGCUCCUGACGGUCUUCUUUUAUACAACGGCCACCGUAUAGACGGUGGCGGCGAUUUCGUAGGUCUUUACUUGGAAAAGGGUUUUUUGAUAUUUAAAUAUAAUUUGGGAACCGGUUCAGUUGCUGUCAAGAGUCAAUAUAGAGUAUCCAUGGGAGAAUGGCAUCAGUUGCGAAUUUCACGAACCGGUCGUUUAGCUAUCCUAACCGUCGACAACCAGUUACCCAUGGAAGUUCUAAGUCCGGGAGCUUUCACGCAAUUAUCGCUUCCACAAAAUCUCUAUUUAGGCGGAGUUCCAAACUUCGGGAUAGUUUCUUCGCACAUCAAAACUAAAACUUCGUUCGUCGGUUGUAUACAACAAGUUCGAAUUAACGGUAAACCGGUAUCUAUACUCGCCGAGGCCUUAGGGGGCGCUAAUGUCGAUAAUUGUCCGCAUCCGUGUGUCGCGAGACCUUGUGGAGAAGACGGCGAAUGUGUUCCCGAAAUGGAAUACUUUUCUUGCAAAUGUAAACCCGGUUAUCGAGAUCAUCUUUGUUCGAGAGGUCCGCCAUAUUUUCACGGCACCAAUAGCUACAUUCAUUUAAACGAUAUGAAGACGAUGGACGCCAUUUCGACGAACCCUUUUGUGGUAAACGUUCGUUUCAAAAUUUCCUCCAUAUCCGGUUUACUCCUUUGCGCUUUCGAUAGCGAUAAUUACAUUUCAUUGGGAUUAGAAAAUGGAGCUCUGGUACUUCGAUUCAGCGACAAAGGAUGGGAAGAAGAAAUCAAAGUUGUUCAUAAUUCGACUACUGUUAAUGACAGAUUGUGGCAUCGAGUGAAAGCUGUCAGAAGCGGAUCUGCGGGUUUGUUGAUAGUAGAUAACGGCGCUGCAAUAACUCGUCAAUCAGUAGAUGUAUCCAAAAAAAGGAUAUUCAAUUCGAAAGACGAAGGCCUAUAUAUAGGAGGUAUGCCACAAGCGGCGCUAGAAACUCUAACGAAAUAUACGACAAGUGUGAUUGGUUGUAUUGCAGAUUUAGUCAUAAAUACGGAUUUUCAUCUCAAAAUGAUCACGCAUUCCGAAAUCAGUCACAACGUAAGCGAAUGCGAAGCAUGAGUCAAUUAAAUCAUACAAAUCGAGUCAAUAAUUAGCGCAAUUGUGACCAAAACGGCACCCGAAUCGCGAUUUAUAAACGGGGCCUACGUGUUUUUUUUAUUUUUUAAUGGAAAAAGUGUAAAAUCUUUCUGUCUGACAAAGUGUGAAUCUCAUUUCUUAUCUUCACUGACAUUCGUGUGCUAAUUGUGUGAACAAAAUAAGGCUGAUAUUGAAGAGAUAUUUCUUAGCGAGAUGCGGUCAUAACAAAUCAUAGUAGAGUAGCAAUUUACGAGGUAAUGGUCCUGGAAAAACCUCUUCAUUGUUGGACAAUCUUUUACCACCACAGAAAAUAUUCCCAGGAGGCUAAAUCUUACGCUUGAGAUAGCGAUUCAAAGUUUAUAUGUGACCUGGUGCAUUGUCACUUUCCUCUUACUCAAAUGCGUCUGUUUGUGCUUGAUAUCUUCACUCAAACGUCGCAAUAAUACUCGCCCUUCAUAGUUUUUCCUUUCUUGGUGAUAAACAAUGAGAAUUAUUCCAUAAAACCGACGCCAUAACCUUACCUGCAGAUGGAACAGUCUUUGGCUCCUUUGAAACAAGGUCCUCCCUCUUCAGUCCAUUGUUUUGAUUGGUAUUUUGUUUCGGGUGUGAAGCUCCAUCCAUGGUUAUGAAACAUUAUCAAACACUCGAUGAAAACAUCUUCACGACGCUGUUUUUGUUCAAACGCGGCACCCAUCGUGCACACAGCUUUUUCAUGUCCAAAUUUUCAGUUAAUAUUAGAUGUAAAAUGUUUUCUAUGUCUUCUAGCUCGCUCACUUUCAGUUCACGAUCAUCCAGUGGAUUUUUUUCAACAUUUCUGGAAUCGUCACCUCAUUUGGUCGACCACUGCGUUGCUGGUCUUCGCACUAAACAACUUGGCGUCUUCAAACUAUAGUUUGUGUUCUUUUAAAGCAACUACCGCCAUCUCUAAGUCGGUACAGGUACUUCUGCGAUCAUCUGCCAUCAAAUGAACAUAGAAUUUCAUAAUAAAAAAGUAAAUACGCGAAGAAAACAACAUGAAAAUAGAUAAAGACGAUAAAUAAUGAAAUAAACAAAAACAACAAUAAAAUAAAGGUUAAAGAAGAAAAACUAGGUACAAAAAGUGAAAAAAAACGAAAAAACUGACAAAACAACGCUUUAAAAAUUAUUUAUUAUGAUAAUUUGAUCAAUUCUUCUUUAUGCUAACACACCGAUUUUUCCAGGAGUUGUUGCUGAACAUCAACCGCGUUUCAGUUAUUUUAAUACCUUCAAUCGUGUGUUUUCACCACGUUUUCAAUUUUGAGGAAAAAAUAGAGUCUCGGAGCUGUAAAUGCGGCGAAUAGGGUGGCUAAAAACCACGAUUUGCUUUCGCGAAGUCUUGUAUCAUUUGCUGAUAAUAAUGGUUCAUUUUGAUGAUCGAAGUGAAAAAAAAAUCACCUUUCAUCUUGUUUCAUUGUCAAUUUCUUCUGAUUUUUCAUAACCACAUUUAUUUAAUAGUUUCUCAUCGGUAAAUUUAGAGGUUUAGCUUCCGCAUUAACUUCGAACUCGACGUUUUGAAUAGAAAUAGAUGUUAAGGGAAAUCAAACCCAAGAAACGAUGACGUAAUGUUGAAAUGACAUUUAGCUGAUCUUCUUUUUUUCGUAGUGCCUUAACUAUCAUCAUGGCAAUCUUUAUUUUAUCAGCAGCAACGCUUAAAAGCUGAAAAGAAGUUUCAUUGAACUAGAUUCUAAUCCAGGAUGUUUAUCUUCUUCCUAGUCCUCUUUUACCAAAUAUUUUAUUUUGUUAUGUGGCCGAAGUAUUUUAAUUUACGAUUUUUUCAUUGUUAUUAUCACUACUCGUUGUUUUUUUGCUUAAUUUUUUACCAGAACGGUCCAGGGAAUCUUGAAUGUUUGUCUAUGAAACCAAAUGUCGAUGCUGUUAAUUUUUUGCUCAUAUCUUCAUUCAAAAUCCAGGAUUGGACUUCAUAAAACAGAUCAGAGGAGUCGUAGCAUUUCAGAAUUUCUAUUUUUAUUUUAAAGAAGAGAUUUUCCAUGCGUGGCCACAUCUUAAUAUAAAGAUGAUGAAUUCAUUGUAUAUGCUGCAUUAUUCAAGUUUUUGUUUAUAAUUUUGCUACUCUACUAUACAGUGCCUUAUAAUAACAUCUUAUAACGAAGAAAUUCUUUUAAGGCCGUUAUGUUUGUAACCGUAUCUUUUCUAAAUGGAUAUGAUUCUGUAAUUUGAAGAAAUAAUCGUAUUUUUCUCAAAAUAAAUUCUAAAUUUCAAUAUUACGAUAAAUGCACGGUUCUUUAUACAAAAAUUAACAUAGACCAUCAUCAAAUGCCUUUCAAAAAUUCAUUAUAUUUAACAGUGAAUCAAAAAAAGUCGCCCUUGAAUGUAAAAACUGAAAUAAUCUACUCAUUCACCACGAGUUUAAUAUAAUUUCGAAAUUACAGAAACAAAACCAUAUUAAGGGUAGAUUUAUAUGUAUAUUGUCCACCAAAAAGGGGCACAAUUCGUGGGGGAAUUUGUGUUUAGGAUUGUAGAUAGUAAAGGGAUAAAGGUAAGAUCGGGCUUCUGUAUGAAACGUGAAAAAAUAUCUGUGAUACUUAAAAUUGUACGUUCAGUAUACGUUUUUCGAAAAAAAUAAAAAUUCGUGUGAAUAUACAAAAAAAUGGUGCUGGGUACCAGUGAAUUUGAACCGAACUAAUCACGAUCAUCGAAAAAUGGGGAAAGAAAUUAAUAAUGUAAAUGAAAGUCUUACUAAAAUCUCCCAAUUGGAGAUCAGACUUAAAACCACGGAACUUACAAACUGAUUACAUCUUUGGAAAAUCGCUCGCACAUUUGGAGACAUCUCCACACCACUCAAACUACUUUUUACAUAAAAUUUUGACUCUAAAGUCACAUACAAACUUUAUUAAGAGAAUAAUAUCAAAAAAUAAUCGCAGUUUUCUCGAUUUAUAACUUGUCUUUCUAUUCUUUAUGGACUGUAUGGUAGAAAUGCCCUUGUGGUAGAGUUCACCAGUAUGUACGAUCGUCCAAACGGUCUAAAACGAUUCAUUUGGUUAUAUUUUAAGCACAAAAUGCGUUUUAUUCCAAAAGGUCGUUGACCUGACUUUAUUUCACCGAUAACCGCCAAGAACUUCAAAUUUUCGAGACUCAUUUCUUUGGAGAAGUGCAAAUCUGUGGAUUUAGCUACCAAAGCACGAUUUUCUCGAGCAAUACAACCUACAGAAGUUCAAUAUCCACUGAUAUCUCUACACGACAGGUACCAUUCGAGGUUAAACUUCUUGUACCUGCUUCUUACAAAAAAAAAAAAACAACGUAUGUAUAGUCCAUCUUCUUACUGUACCUUGUCUAUACACUCAAAUGUUACAAUUUGACUUAUAUUCUUCGAUGUCUUUAACUGUUCUUUGAUAUUCUUCAAACUGGUUUUCAAUUUUGAUAUUUUGGUUGUUGUAUUCCGAUAAAUUUGAUCCAUCACCAAUUCCCUAGGUGUUGAAUUGUUCUUACUAGUUCCAGUUAUAGUAAGAAAGUCCGAUUUUCGUUUAUCAAAUCUACUAAUUUUCUCUGUGACUUGUAAACUUGGUGUUGAUUUACCAUACAGUCGUGAGCAUUUUAAUAACUAUGAUCAUCGUAAAUAGAAGUAGAUGAUAGGUAGUAAUAAAUGGGGUAGUUUUAUACUUCAAAUGUUUUCUAUUGAACUUUGUGUUGCCGAAAUUUACAAACAAGUUGAUCUUCUUAAUUAGUAUGUUUUGUAUUUACAAAACGCAUAGUUAGUAAAGCGAAUUUUUUACUCUUAUAAAUUUUAAUUCGUUUACUUCAAUGUCCAAAAACUCCUUACCUGAAGAAGGAUUUGACGUUGGUAUUUGAUUCUUUCCCCUUUCCAUUCACAGCUUUCAAACAUUCCAUCUUCAAUCCAAGUGUAAUGUAACGACAUUUUUUGGUCUACAAAAGACACGUACUUAAAAUUGUGAUGUCCCGGUUGAUAUUAAGACCUUUGAAGCCAAGUUUCCACAGGUUUUUUACAUUCUAACUGAAUGAGCAACUGAAGUAGAUGGUUUCAAAUGUCCAUCAUGUAAAACCACAGUUUUCGAUAAAUAUUUUGAUGAACAAACACCAUGGAAUUAGUAUAUAAAUACUAUAAGAUACUAUUAGGUCAAAAGAUAUAAUACCGUGAAGAAAUUGAAGUAUUUUUAAAAAACAUCCCUGCUGUGUAUUUCCUCCCUCUCUUAUCAGUGACUGAUUAAUAUUUCUCUUUCUAUUCUAACACGAUUUUUGUCAAUUAUUUUAAGGAAAUUUUCAAUAAAAUAAUUAUUUUCGUUACUUUCGAAUGUAAACUGAACGUUAUUGAAGAGCAAAUAAUAAAAAAACCAUAUCAUUUAGAUAAGAAUAGUUUUUAACAUCUUUUACAAGAUUCUUAUUUUUUUUGACAUUAAGAACUUGAAUACACACCGUUAAUGAGAAUUUUUAAGAAGUUUUUCCUCCCCUCUUUAAUAUAAUAUCAAAAAUACGUAAUAAAUUAUGUCAUUCUUGUUUUUUAUAUACCUAUAACGUAGCUGAUUAAAUUCAUUUUUAAUUUGUUAUACCAAAUAAAAGAAUUGAUUUAGUAACAAAUCGAGAAUAAUCAUCCACAUGGUGUUGGUACUGAUAAAUCGUAAAUGAAAAUACAUAUACAGUGUGUAUCUAAAGUCUAUUAAUUUGAAAAUUCGGAUAUUUUUUCACGUCCUACACUUUUCGCAAUAAACUUAGAUACUAAUUGGUCCAGUGUAAAACAAUUCACCUUGUUAUAUAACUAUGUAUAUGAACUCUAAUUUGUACAGGUAGACUAAUUUCUGUGUUGAAUAAAUGCUUUUGAUCUAA